UAUUUAGUUUACGGUUAUAUUUAUUUAUAACUAAUAAAAUAAAUUACUGUUAUAAACUUUGUCAUGGAUGAAGAAAAUAAGGACGAUUUUAUUGAAAUGGAAGCGAGAAUGUACGCACCUUUGGAGUGGGAUUCACCGGCGAUAUGCAAAAUCCAGGAUCUCAAGGAAGAGCAUUAUGAGGAAGCCCUGCGUUUGAUAAAACAUCAUUUUUUUCGAGAGGAACCAAUGUGUAAAGCAAUCGCCUUGUCGCAAGAUGAGACAUCUAUCAAGUCAUAUCUAGAUCUUAUGAGAACAUGGAUGAAGGAUACUACCAGUUUGGUUGCGCUCAGUCUGGCAUCUGGACGAGUUAUUGGAGUUGCUGUUACUCGAAUUAAUAGCAAUUCGGACAAAAGCGACACAUACAAUCGAGUGCAAAAUUUUGAAGGAGACGCACUAGAGAAAAUUAUGGGCCUGGUCAAUGCUCUAAUAAAACGGUCGAACAUGUACAAAGAAUUUGACUGCGACAUAUAUCUUCGAGUUCACGUUCUUUGCGUUCAUCCGUCUUACCAGCAGAAAGGUGUCGGCACGGCCUUAUUGAAGGUCUGCACCCAAGUUGCGUCCAUAUUGGACAUGUCAGCCGUAGGUGCCAUCUUCACGUCGGGUUUAAGCCAGUCGUUAGCCCUGAAGAUGGGCUUUCGUUUCAUCGCAGAAAUUCGCUACAGCCGCUGGGUCGUCAACGACAGAGUCGUGUUCGACGAUACCGGCAAGGGGAAUUACUCGGCCGCUUUUAUGGGAAUACCUUGUGAGUAG